AACAGGGCACGAUCAUGAAGUCGACCGACGAGGAGGAUCACCAGCAGAAGCCGGCAACUGGCAGCGACGUGGCGGCCGAGCCGGCGGAGGAUUUCCAGGGCGUCCGGACGGCGGAGACGCUGCUUCGGGCGGUGCCCAUGGGGCUCUGCCUGGCGGCGAUGGCCAUCAUGGUGAAGAACUCGCAGGACGGAGACUUCGGAUCCAUCUCCUACUCCGAUCUCGCCGCCUUCAAGUAUUUGGUGUACGCAAACGGCGCUUGCGCGGCGUACUCGCUCCUGUCGGCGUUCUACUUCGCCAUCCCUCGUCCGGCGACUCUGGCCCGCUCAUGGACCGUCUUCCUUCUGGACCAGCUGAUGACAUACAUAAUCCUUGCCGCCGGAACUGUGUCGACGGAAAUACUAUAUUUGGCAUACAAGGGCGACGUGAAUGUUACAUGGAGUGAAGCUUGCAGUGUCUUCGACACCUUCUGCCGACGAGCCACCACCUCAGUCGGGAUCACCUUCGGCUCGGCGGUUUGCUAUCUGCUGCUCUCCCUUGUCUCGUCCUACCGCCUUUUCAGCACCUUUGCAGCCCCCGUCCCCUUCCUGAGCAGCAAGAGCCAGGAGAUAGCAGCCUUCCCUAGCUGAACACCGCCAUUAAGUUUUCCCCUGCUUAUCUAUAUAGUCUGUGUUAUGCCGUUCACUGUUGCAGAAGUGCAGUACUUAAUGUGUGUCGAGUUUAAUCUAUGCAGUGCUCUCUGAAGGAUUAUGAUUAUAUUCGCUUGAGUUUAAUCUAAAUGAUGAGGAGUUGAUUUGGAAAAUGAUUUUGUAUGAAUUAUCAAUGUAAUAUGUCAUAUGAAUGUCCAGUGGCCCUUCUUUUCAUUCUUCA